GAGAAGCUGAGAGGUCUAUGUCCUGCGCACCAACUUUUAUGUGGCGGGAAUGACCAACACAAGAAGGUGGUUUUAGCAGGGCGCGUGACUGCACGAGUAACAUACAGUGAAUAACCUCUUACAGUAUUCGUCGCAAGCGCUUUACUGGACUUAGUAUUCAAGCGCUCUGAGCAGUCAGUUCACUGUUGCAGCUUAAAGGACGAGUCCUGGGGUUGAAAGAAACAAUCCUCUGCAUAGGAGGGUUUUCCUGCUGAUCUGUAUAGUGGAACACGUAUAUCUUUCUCUGUUUCUAGAGAUCACGAAAAUACUGUUAAUUCUUGGUUGUCUGUGAUUCAAAUCCCUUCCGAUUCGACGUUGAGAUUAGGUGCUACUGUCAGUCAUAGCACGCGGCUUAGUCAGUUACCAGUCUUCUGAAACUCUCGUAACCCUAAGUAAUUGAUAAAUGGACUCAUUAAACGAAUCCUUGUGCCUGCAAGAUCUAGUUGCUGGUGUUGGUUCCCCACACCACGUUGUACACGACACUGUUGUCAUGCCGGUAGUUGCGACAUCACAUCCCCCCACCAUAGGCCCGGUUACUCCGCUGGUUCAGGUAUCAGCUGUCCCGAUGUCUGUUCACGGACUACACACGGGCCAGCUACCCGUGGCCGGAAUCUCUGUACACCGGCACAGUCUUCAUGAAAACGCCAGCACUCCGUGUUCCAGCAGCUCAAGCAUAGGACAUGACCUUGGCGUUGAGCACAAGAAACGAGACUCAGGUGCUAUUAGUGGAAAGUCUGGCCAAGGAACUGUGGACAGUCACGAUAUUUCGAGUGACGACGAUCCGAAGAAGAAGAAACGACAGCGACGACAGAGAACUCACUUUACCAGUCAACAACUCCAGGAACUUGAGGCAGCUUUCUCUCGAAACAGAUAUCCCGACAUGUCUACCCGAGAAGAAAUAGCUAUGUGGACUAACUUAACUGAAGCCCGCGUUAGGGUCUGGUUCAAAAACCGUAGAGCGAAAUGGCGAAAGCGUGAACGGAACGCAGGAGCUGAAUUGAAGAAUGGAUUCGGCACCCAGUUUAACGGGCUAAUGCAACCUUUUGAUGACGGUUUGUACUCUGGGUAUUCCUCGUACAACAAUUGGGCAUCAAAGGUCCCGAGCUCUCUAGGUGCAAAGAGCUUUCCUUGGCCAGGGCUCAAUUCGGUAAAUGUCAAUCCACUCACCUCUGUGGUCCCUAACCAGGGCAUGGGAUGUUUUAACACAGCCCCUACAGGAAUCACAUCGUCCAAUAUCAUGCCCAACGUCAACAUGCCAGUUAACAGCCUCAAUAACCCAAUGGCCCCUUGCCCAUACGCUGCUGCUACGCCCCCUUACGUUUAUCGUGAUCAGUGCCCCUCCAUGUCUUCUAGUAUAGCAUCCCUCCGGCUUAAAGCUAAACAGCAUACUGUCACAGGGUUUAGCACCUACACACCCAUGUCACCACGUCAAACACCUACCUUGUCUCCAUGUCAGUAUGCUACAGUUGACAGGCCAGGAGUCUAAGUUACGUGACUUCAGUUAACCAUACCCAUUCCGCUGUCCUCACUGUGAUUUAUGUAAAGCAGAGAGCAUUUAAUUUUCUCAUUAAAUGACGUAUUACAAAACUAUCGUAUCAGUCAGAACCUUCACAAACUGUGUAUUUCAAUGUCCGUGACCUUACUGUGAGAUACAUAAACGUUAUAACUUAUAACAAAAUGGCUUAUUCUUUAAACAGUAGAAUUAAGUAACUUGAAGUUCAAAAAUAUAGAGUCAAGCUCCAUUGUUCUAAGUUACAGCCAUUCAUGUUUCCCAUGGCAACAAUGAAAUACAAAGUUUAUUUUGGAAAAGACGAUAUUAGACUAUGUAUUUGUAAUUGAUAAAAACCUUUAAAAACAAUAUGAUGUAAAAGUGUUAUUCUAAGUCAGUGAGAUACGAUUUUUUCUGGCUGAAGUUGUUUGGUUAAUAACCUUUUUUUUUCUAAGUAUCUUUGAUGUUGUUACCCUGGCGCAUGUGCAGUGAUGAUAUUAAACAAAUCCUCAUUUAAACAGAUAUAUUUUGAUAAUUACUUUCUUUUUACUGCUGUUUGUAAGUUCUUGUAUUUAUUUAUUAUUAGGUGAUUUUUAUAAUUCUGUGAAUAUUUGUUGAAGAAAUUGAAAAUGUUCAAAAGUUAAACAACUCAUUUCUUAAUUUCGUUUACCUGUUUUCUUAUUUUAACAAACAACUUUAGAAUUGUCUCUGAUUUAAUAUGGGAAAGAAGUAGAAAGUAAAACUAUACAAUAAUAACUAUAGUAAACCAGGUAAAAUAUAAGUUGCCAAAUAAUACAAUAUUGCUUUUACUAUACAGGCUUUAUCUCAUGGAAAGCCUUUUACUUUACGGAACAUUAUGAAUAUAUUACAUUAAUUAAAAAGUAUUUUGUAUUUCCUGGUUUUUCAGUUGUAAACAAAUUCAUUGCUGUGUUUAGUGAAACGUGAUUUUGGCAAAAGUCGAAAUUAUAUAACUAACCUAUGUAUAUUAAUUUUUAAUUUUAUUCAGCUCCUAGCAGUUGGUUUCAAACUCAAUGUCAAGUAAUUAUAAACAUCAUUAAACUUCUCUAACUAUUCCACCAGGUGAUGCACGCAGAACUUUAAUGGCAGUCAACAUCUUUCCGCAAUCACUACUAAUGUGCAUUAUAUAUCUAGCCACUAACUAGUCAUAAACUAAAUAAUUUCAACCCGUUUGACUUUUGUUCUGUAUCAUAUUAUACUUACUUAAUUUGAAGUAAUUUCUAAAAUAAGAUUCAUAACCUCAAUCACGCGAUUUCGUAGCCCUUAAGAUAUUUAUCUGUCUCAACCAUUGUUAAAAUCACGAAUUCUAAAUCAGAGUUAAGAAUGUAGAGACUAAUUUUCAGAGUAUUAUUUGCUGUAAAUUACUUAUUUUUAUAGAAUUAGAUGUUUGAAAAAUCUCAGCUUUAAGAUUAGCAAAAUAAAAAGUUUCACUCAAGUAACUUUAAUUUUCAAGACCUACCAAACUUGGCCUCAAAUAAUAACUGUAACCCAAAAAUUUUAAUACUAAGGUAAAAAGAAGUAUUUAAAUAAACUGUUUGUCUAUUGUACACCAUUUGAAUCAAUCUUGCGAUUUUCCCUUUUAUCAUUUCCGAAUCAGGUAUUUUUUUAUAGACGAAAGUUUAUUUUAUGCCUAAUACAUUUUUUUGCAGUUCGUCCUUGAAACUAUUAAAAAUUCUAGUCAGUUUUAUUUUUAUUUUUUUGUAAAUACAUCUUGUGACAGUAUUUUUAAAAUAAUAUUUUAUUCGAAGUUCAAAGUAGCUUUAAGUGAUAUGCUCAAAAAUGGUAAAGUUAAGGAGACAAUAGCGGUUAUCACACAGAUGUAUUACAGAAAUAAAGUCAACGUUUAAUAGUGCACAAUAAAUUUACAGUGAGACCGUCCCCAGUCUCAAAAUACAAUAAAAAUUGUUGUACUCAAUAAUUUUACCGUAUAAAGAUAAGAUUAUUAAGUAAAACGAUUUUUUAUUGUAUUUGGAGACUUUUAAAUUCACUGUGUAUUAUUAAACAUUGUCUUUAUUUCUGUCAUACAUCUGAGUGAAAACUUGCACAAGUAUCGUCCUAACCUUAAUAGUUGUUAUGUUUAUUUAUAACAACGUUUGUCCAGAGUAAGAUAUUUAUAUUUCACACCAACGGAGUAGAUGAAGUUACAGAUGCUCGAUUUUAAAUGUAUUUGUUAUAAAUAUACAAAGGCGAUUCUUUAACUUAAAAACAAAUGUUCCUUUGAUCUUGAAAAUAAUUAGCAAGUUAUAUUCUAAAGAAUAAUUCUGUAUUUCUAAUAUAGUCUCUUUAUCCUAAAAUAGUAGUUCAAUGUGGUCGGACAAGAGAAAGUAACUUGGUAUGUGUUCUAGGAAAAAGUGUCAUUGUUUUAUAAAUCCAAGCAACACUGUAAAUACCCAAACCAAAAGUGUUUGUUCUCUAAUCUAAUGGCAUAAACAACAAUUCACGUUAUUCACCACUGUAAAGUUCGAUAUAUAUGUAAAGAUACGAGUCCAGAUGUGUGACGUUUCUUCAAAUAUAUAAUAAGUGGUCGAUACAUGGUGUUAAAGGCUUUCCACGAUAGCACCACAUCAUUGUUCUAUAUGAGUAUGAUGUUUACUACUAAGUCUUGCUGAUGAUGUAUAUUUGGUAUACUAUGUUCAUUAAAACCUUUCUUUUAGAACGUC